UGAUAUAUUUCUUUUUAUUUUUGUUUUAUUCAUUUCAUUCGAAAAGCAAAAGUUUAUUAUUGGUUUUAGGAGACUCAGCUUUUGAAUUCGCUUUUCUAAACCCUAACCCCUUCCGUUUAGAAAAUUUCACGGGAGAGAAUCUGGGCUUUGUGUAUUCUUUUUUUUCCUUUAAUUCUUUUUUUUAUCUGUUUAUUUCUGCAAUAAAAGCGAAAAACGGAGGGUUGGCUUGCUGUAAUUGUAUUAAAAUAAAAGUUUAUUCGCUUGCCUUUUUUUUUUUUUCUUUAUUCUUAUGUUUGACUUUGAUCAUUCCUAGAAGAAGGAUUUCCAUUUGAUCGAAUUCCUUUCAUUUAAAAAAAAAAAAAACUGUUUAGAUUUUGGAACUGGAAGAAAAUAAAUUUAAAAAAUAGAAAUUCUAUAUAUCUUAGUUUGGGUGACUUUUAAUUUUUUUUUCCCUCUUAGAAUCGAGAAAUUCUCAUUUUCCAAUAAUCAGAGGCAUAGGCUGGAGCCGAAGAAGAAAAAGAUAAUCUAUGGGGGAAGACGCAGGAAGAGGUUCGGAAUGCCAGAAGAUUAUGGAUGGGAAGGUGAAUAAUGGGAAUGGUUCUGAGAAGGCUAUCCCUUCCUGUUGCUUGAAGGCUAGGGCUUCAGCCCCUGAGCUUGAGGCAAAAUGCCAUCCUACCGUUGUUUCUGGGUGGUUCUCAGAAUCUCAGUCUUCCUCUGCUGGUAAAAUGGUUUACUUCAACAAUCCUAUGUGGCCUGGAGAAGCACAUUCUCUGAAAGUUGAAAGCAUUUUAUACAAGGCAAAGUCGGACUAUCAAGAGGUCCUUGUUUUUGAGUCAUCAACCUAUGGAAAAGUGCUUGUUCUUGAUGGUAUAGUUCAGUUGACUGAGAAAGAUGAAUUGGCAUACCAGGAGAUGAUAGCUCAUCUUCCCCUUUGUUCAAUUCCAUCUCCCAAAACUGUUCUGGUUGUUGGAGGUGGUGAUGGUGGGGUUCUUAGGGAGAUUUCUCGGCACAGCUCUGUUGAGCACAUUGAUAUAUGUGAAAUAGAUAGGAUGGUUAUAGAUGUUUCCAAGAAGUUCUUUCCAGAAUUAGCUGUUGGAUACGAGGAUCCUCGUGUUUGUCUUCAUGUUGGUGAUGCUGUUGAGUUUCUUCGUCAUGUUCCGAAAGGGAAGUAUGAUGUAAUCAUUGUUGAUUCAUCAGAUCCUGUAGGUCCUGCUCAAGAGCUUGUAGAGAAACCAUUUUUUGAGACCAUAGCUAGAGCAUUAAGGCCUGGUGGUGUCCUCUGCAACAUGGCAGAGAGUAUGUGGCUUCAUACACAUCUAAUUGAAGAUAUGAUCUCUAUUUGCCGUGAAACAUUCAAGGGUUCUGUUCAUUAUGCAUGGGCAAGUGUUCCAACUUAUCCAAGUGGUGUGAUUGGUUUUCUGAUAUGCUCCACAGAGGGGCCACAGGUUGAUUUUGUGAAUCCCAUAAACCCUAUUGAGAAGCUAGAGGGAGCUUACCAUCACAAGAGAGAACUUAGAUUUUACAACUCUGAGAUGCACAAGGCUGCUUUUGCAUUGCCUUCCUUCCUCAAGAGGGAGGUGAGGCUACUUUGCGACUCUGCAACACCAGCACGAGGAAUCUGUGUCUCCUAGGCAAAUAUGUAGCAAUGCGAAUUGUUAUUCAACUUUUCUCAUAAGCUGAAAUACUCCCAUUUGGGAAAUAGACAGUAAAUAAAUGUUUUCCACAUUUAGGUGCAGCCGGAGCCAUUUUAGCAUGCAUUAAGUUUCAAUUACAAUGAAUACUUAAUGUAGGACUCAUCUUAUGGUUGUUAUAUAGAAGUGUAUUUGCUUUGGGUUGGGUUGGCUCUCAGAUUUCGAAUUGAUCAUGGUUUAUGUAAUACGCGUUUGAGUUUGAAGUUGGAGCAAGAAACUUGGUUCCUAUUUGUUAAUUUACUGCUGUGUUUUU